UUCAUCCAUCUCUGCUGACUUUGUUACAACAUGUGAAAAACAACCCUGAGAGUUUGGACGAGUUUUUCGCGGUGAAGUCUUCUUGUGGACUUAACGGGAGACCACCGGAAAUACAUUUCCCGCUACACCGCGGAAAGGAUGAGCAGCGCGAGCCUCACUCUGCACGGAUAAGCAACCAUAAGGUGUGAGGACCUCCUGAGAGAUGAUGUCAGCAGCCUGGACGCUCUGCCCCCUCCUUACGGUGCUGCUGGUGGUCCGGCUCCUCGGGGCCCAGCAGCAGCUUCUGCCCGGCUCCUGCAACUUUGAGCUGGGCACCUGUGGCUAUACAUCAGACCCGGAGUAUGGCACCUGGAGCAUGAAUGAAGAAGGUCAUGUGAUCACCGUGGACUCCGCCAUCCUGAAGGAGCAGCAGCAGGCGGUCCUGGUCAGUCCGGUUCUGGACCAUCAGUACUGGAGCUGUGUGAGGCUGGUGUACCAGAUCACCGGGGGGGGGUCCCUGCAGCUCUUCCUCAGACCAGAUGGGGAUAACUUUGACUACCGGAUGUGGACUGCCAACCAAGCCUCUGACAGCUGGCUCAUCGCUAGUGUGGACCUACCCAACAGCACCACCCCCUACCAGGUUCUACUGGAAGGUCGACCUGAACGUGGCUCAGGGAACAGCGUGGCCAUCUUUGAAAUUCACAUUGUCACUGGUUACUGUAUAGAGUGUAAUUUUGAGGAGCACCACCUGUGUGGAUAUAGCAACAGCUGGAACCCAAAUGUCAACUGGUACGUCGGGGGGAGCGUGGCCAGAGUGCCAGAGUCCCACCUGCCUGUCAAUCACAGCACCCAUCACCAGAGAGGACACUACAUGUAUGUGGACUCUGUGUAUGCCAAGCACUUCCAGGAAGUAGCCAAGCUGAGCUCCCCCAUGACCACGGUGCCCCUGGCCGGCUGCCUGUCCUUCUACUACAACAGAGACCAGGAGAGGGGGAACAUCUUCUCACUGUUCACCAGAGACCAGCUGGGACACUACGAGGACAUGUGGAGGCCCGAGGUGUUUGCUACAGCUGGCUGGACUCUGGUCAGUGUGGAUAUCAAGGCCCCCCACCCCCUGGAGGUGGUAUUUGAGGUGGCUUUUAACAGUGCCAGAGGCGGAUACGUGGCAAUAGAUGACAUCUCCUUUUCUCCUGAAUUCUGCCACACUGACACAGAGCCGAACUUUGACCCCUCUAUAGCCAACUGUGACUUUGAGGACGGGCUGUGUCUGUACCAUCAGGAGAAAACAGACAGUAAGGAGUGGAGCCGAGUGUCAGUGAAGCCUAACGCCUACAGAAUAGGAGACCACACCACAGGAGUAGGCUGUUUCCUCCUGGUUAACACUCAUUUCUCUUUGACGCCGGGUUAUGUGGGUCGACUUCAUGGUCCCCUUUUACCAGGGAACCACAAGUACUGCCUGAGGUUCUACUACCUGCUUCAUGGAUUUAGGAAAGUAGACAAUGCUCUGGCCCUUUAUAUUUAUGAUGAGAACAAUGUGGCCCAGGAGAAGGUCUGGAGCCUGACUCACACAUCCAGGGAUGUAUGGACUGAGGUGGAGAUCACUUACAUGAAGCCAAUGCUUUCCAAGGUGGUGUUUGUCAGCAUAUGUAAGAACUUCUGGGAGUGUGGCUUGGCAGCCAUUGAUGACAUCACUGUCAGCUUGGGGGACUGUCAGAUGACAGCAGGCUUCCUCCCGGGCCAGUGUGACUUUGAGAGUGGAGUCUGUGGCUACAUACAGGAUAAGAAAGGAGACAAAGCCGACUGGCUGCGAGUGCGAGGACACACCCCCACCUCUUAUACAGGACCCAGAGGAGACCACACCACUGGGGUGGGUUACUUCAUGUACAUCGAGGCGUCACUGAUGCGUCCGGGUCACAAAGCUCGACUGCUGACCUCUGACCUGCGGGGGUCCUCGUCCCCUCAGUGUUUGAUCCUCUUCUACCACAUGCACGGGUCUGGCUCCGGCAUACUGAGCAUGCUCCUGCGCCGCAGCGACAGAGAGCAGGACGCGUUGCUGUGGAGACGCCGGGGGGAGCAGAGCGUCAGCUGGAUGAGGGUGAUGGUGGACUACCAGUGUGACGUCCGACACCAGAUCAUAUUUGAAGCCAUCCGAGGCCCAUCACUACGAAGUGAUAUUGCUAUUGAUGACAUCUCCUUUAAAAGAGGACAAUGUGAAGAUCCUGGGGACUUCGCUCCGUACUCAGGCUUCUCUGAGUAUUUUAAUGAGAUCGAGAAAUGAGAAAGCGAGAAGUCUUUCUAUAUAAAAGUGUGUGGGUUUCAGAAGUGUGACUAAUCCACCGACAAUUUACAAAGUUGUAGAGCGAUGCUUAGUGUGUUGCAGCCAGUACCUCUAGAGCAGUGUGUCUGUCUUUCUUCACCUCUGAGUCUGCCAUUUUAAUGUUGGUGCAUUCAUUUUCAAAUGUUAUAUUUUAUAUUCAUUUUCAAAGUUUAUAUUUUGAAUUGGAUUACAUCAUCGUCCCUGUGACAAUCAGAUACACAGCCACUGUGUUAAAGCCGGUCAUACAAAUAUUUGUUAACUAUGCUGUAGAUGAAUGAAAAAAUGUAUUUCAGUUACAAAGCACUAAUGAUGUGCUACUUCAUAACCAAAUGUCCUAUCAGGUACACAGGGGUUCUAUUCACGAUGUUAAACAUUCUGCUCGGUACGGGGCCGACAGAGCCAAACGUGUUUCUAUGGCCCAAACAGGAGGGGAAACACGCUGCAGUUUGAAAAUAAAAAAAUGAUGCAAAUAAAAAAACACAAAUGUAUUUCAUUUUACAUGCAAAUAAAGAACCAUCAACAACUUGACAACACAUGUGCAGCAUUUAGAAAAACAUUCACCACCUUGAGGAAACAUGAGCUGGGUUUACUAAAAGUGCUGCAUGAACGAAACGCUGCAAAUAUAAAAAAGCUGCAAGAAGGCCGAAACACAACGGACACCAGGGGGCGCAGUUGGACCGCAGUGGGGCCGGAGCGCUAGGUGACGUUCAGGAUUAUAAAGUUGGCCAACUGUCACUGUAGCAGUUAGUCUUUGCCAUACCUGUAAGUGAUUGUCAGUAUAUUUGUAAUGACUCGAUUAGCUACCUUAGCUAGCUAGCUUACAGCAGAUGUGCAAUAAUAUCAGAAGGAGUCAUGCGAUCACAUUGUUAAAGAUAAGCUGAUAAAACUUACAUUUUAGUUUUUUAUUGGCAACAUUUUUGUUUGUUUGUGCUUUCACUUACUGUAACGUUGCAUAUGUUUUGUGAAUGUUAUCGAAAAGAUGUGCACGUGUUGUCAAGUAGUUAAAGAUGUUUCUAUAUUUGCAUGUGUUUUGGCACAUUUGUGUUUUUAUAUUUGAAACUUUUUUAAAGCGCAUUCCUCCUGAUGGAAAUGUUUUGGGCCGUUGGAAUGCGUUUUAACCUUUUGGCCACCGUAGCUCAGGGUGAGAUGGCUUAGUCUAAUUGGGCAAAACAUUGAAAUCUGUAUGGAUUACAAAAUGUGGAACCAUGUGGCAAUGAGCCUUGAUCACUGCCAUGAAACAAAGCACACUUCCGCACAACAACACUAUGAAAACAUUAAGAAAAAUACUCUUUUUACAAUGCUUUAUUUGUGUAUCCACCAAUGCUUUAUUGUUUGUUCAUUAACUCUGUCCUGUAUAUAUUUGUUUAAAGUAUCAACUGAUUGAAUUUACAAAUGGGCUUCGGCCAUACAACUGUUGUCGCUUGUUAGGUUAUUUCUUUGUCAGAUUUGUUAAUGUUAGUUCCACUGUGACAAAGGAUUUGAGUCCAGCUUUAGUCUUCAGUCAAAAUCUAAGCGCUUCCAGAUAAUGGUAAAGGUUUUUGAAAUCCUGUCAUGUAUUCAGUAAGGUGCUGGAUACUUUCCCUCGAUGGUGGCUCAUGAGCAUCUUACAUUUCUCGCAGACCUUCACAGAUACAUGCUACACCUCUCUGCAGCGCUGAGUCUUCUGUCUGUGAGAUCUUGUUGUACCAUGCUUCCUGUUUAGCCUCUUAACCCGAGUAAAAGUAGCUGAUUUUGA